CACGCUCACACACACACACACACGCUCCAUCGGUGAAUAUCGCUCAGUCUGCAUUUACCAUUAACAGUAUCGUUACCUGUUGUGCGCGCAUCUCCAUGUCUGUUCAAAGUCCUGUGGGCAUUAGUGAUGAAAGGGAUACUGACUCAUUUAAGGAAACAAUGAGUCGUGGGGAGAGUGUGAGUGUCCCUAUUGGGGAGACUGAGAAUGUCCAGAAGAAGCCUGAUGUAAAAUUGUUUGGGUUUCUCAUCUCCAACUUUCCAGCCACCCCUCGCUUCCUGCUGCUAGCACUGUCUGUCUUUUUCUUUUAUCUUAUGUAUGGCUAUAUGCUGGAACUAAUUUUCACACUGGAUGGAAUGCGGCCCCAUGGAUGGUUUUUGACGCUGGUUCAGUUUGCAUACUACACUAUUUUUGCACUCAUUCAGAUAAAGGUGUCAGGAGACAAUAUAAAGAGAAAAAUACCCAUGCAAACUUACCUUGUCAUUGCUGUACUAACAGUUGGUACUAUGGGAUUCUCUAACUCCUCAGUGGGAUAUUUGAAUUAUCCUACACAGGUGAUAUUCAAGUCUUGUAAGUUAAUUCCUGUGAUGAUUGGGUCGAUGAUCAUCUUGGGAAAGAAGUACACCUUUCCAGAGGUGGUUGCCUGCGUGUGCAUGAGUCUGGGGCUCAUUUGGUUCACUUUAGCAGACUCUACUAUCCAGCCAAAUUUUUCAGGAACCGGUGUUGUGCUGGUCAGUUUGGCAUUGCUAUGUGAUGCUGUAAUUGGCAAUGUUCAGGAAGGUGCUAUGAAGCAGUAUGGUGAAGGAACAACACAUGUUGUCCUCUACUCGUACAGCUAUGGGUUCUUUAUAAUCUUAAUAGGGCUUUUGUGUACAGGCGAGUUGUUUACAGCUUUACCAUUUGCUGCUCAGUACCCUUGGGAAGUCUAUGGCCGCUCAGUGCUGCUGUCUGCUGCUGGGUUCUGUGGAGUGCAGGUGGUGCUGACUCUUGUAACAAUGCAUGGUGCUCUUGUGGCUGUCACCGUGACAACCUUUCGCAAGGCUGUAACGAUUGUCUUGUCUUUCGUGCUUUUCAGCAAGCCAUUUACUGUACAAUAUAUCUGGGGAGGCUUGCUGGUUGUGGCAGGUAUAUACCUCAACAUCUACAGCAAGAAGAAGAAAGGCUCCGCAUCCAUCUUAGUCUCGUUGCAACAGAUGUACAUUCAGAUCCAACAGCACUUUGCUCCCAAAAUCAGCAGUAUACAUAAAGAUCACUUGGCUGAUACUGUUCUUCAGUUAGUGUAUGUAUAAGAUUGAUUCUUUUGUUGAAUGUAGAUUCAGAUAGACAAAGUAUUGUGAAGAAAGAUUGUACAAUUAAGUGUGCGAUUGUAGAUUCAGAUAGACAAAGUAUUAUGAAGAAAGAUUGUACAAUUAAGUGUGCGAUUGUAAUUUAUAGAAUAUAGGGAUUGUCCGUUUUGAAAAAAAGACAAUGAGGAGUAUUCAGAUUGAUGUGUAUAUGAUAAAAGGGCUUUGAGCAUGUUACAGCUGUAGACUCAUUAAUUUGAAACAAUGCCAUUGAAUGAUAAAUGUGUAAUGUUAAGAGCUAUUUAUGUUCCUAUUAGUUAAUUUUGUAUCAUUCAUAAAAGUGAAUUCAGAAGAAACACUUAAUAGUUAAAUGAAAAGUGAAUGGCAAAUGCAUUGUAGUUAGUAUCACUAUAUGUAUUAGACCUCUGGAUGAGUGUUGAGCUUCAUUUAUAUUUGAUUUAGCCAUUAUCAAUUUACACUUUUUUUUCAAACAAAUGACAUGGUUGAUUAGAUUUGACUGCUAGAUAUAUUAUAUUGUUUGUUCAUUUUUUCCAUAGAAAAGGUGCCUAAGGUGUUAAGGAACUUGAUCAAUGCUUGAUCAAAGUUUUCCAUGUUAAAACUGGUCCGUCCUCUGAUAUUUGUAUUACGGCAGUCUUCUUGUUAUUUUUAGGCAAUUAGAUUUUUUUAGAUAUCCCAUUAAUAAUGCUGUGAUAUCAUCUUGGCGAAUAAUCAGAGAUGAAAGGUGACACCUCAUCAUGGCAUAAGCCUAUGUCUGGGUAGCAGGAGCGAGAUUUUGUGUCAUAAAUUGGACAAAUGCUGAUAGUGGUUUGUACAAAUGAACAGAGACCAGAUGGUAACAUGUGAACUGUAAUCAAGCUGUAAUUUUGUCUUCUUUUGAAAUUGAGGAAUUCUAUAUGACAUAUAAUAUGGAAGUGCAUGAUGGGAUGUGCAUUUCAUAAGUGUGACUGUAAUAUGACUUUGUAUAUAGAAGAAAAAAAAGUAAUUUUAAUUUUUAAAAAUCUAUUUUUUCUUGAGAGAUGAUGUUAAACAUGAUAAGUAUAUAUUUUGCAUUAAAUUUUGUGUAGGCAAUGCCUUUUUAGUGAUGACAACGGUUUUUUUCUAUAGUGGGAGUCUUUGUGCAAUUGUGUGGAAUUCUCAUCAUUCAAUAAAGUGGUGUUUGAUA